AUGACGACGACGCCACCUUUCCCUUUCUCACCCACUCCACCCCCAAGCACAGAUCUACCAGACCCACCAUCUCUCCUCCUCCACCCAAUCACCCCAAUCUCACCUCAUCGCACCUCUCCCUCUUCACCCCAAGGGCCAACUCCCACCAACCCACCACCUCCCGCCCUCUCCCAACGCCCAAUGACACCCCGCGAACCAACCUCAACCCCCUCCUCAAGCUCAUCAUCCAUCUCUUCCCCUCUCACAAUCCCCCCAGUCAGCACACUCACCACACUCCGCCCGCUAGGGGGAAGGAGACGCAGCAGCCUCCGUCCGGGGUUCUGGAUCCCUCAAGGCAGUUUACUGAGGAACGAGAGUAAGGACCCCUCACUCCCCGGGUCGGGGGCUCAGACACCCAUGUCUGCCGACUCGCUCAAGAUACGCGACCCGGCGGCGAUGUCUGUCUCUUCUGACUCUAGGGCGGGCAGUGACUGGGGCGGGGACGGGGGCGACCAGGACCAGGAUCAAGAUCAGGAAGACGUGUUUGGGUUUGGGGAGAGGGAGACGGAGGGUAUGAGCCUCGAUGAGCAGGAGACGUUACGCGCUGCAGGGAGGGAAGAGAGAAGGAAGCUCGAGGAGAUAUUCGGUCAUCCCAGGGAGGGGGAGGGGGAGCCCAUGAGCCCCGAUAUCAGUUCCAGUUCUCACCCCCGCCUGCCCUACCUCGCCCGUGUCACCCGCCUGCUAACACUUGAGACCUCCCCCAUGCCAGAAAUAGAGUCCGAAGCCGCUCUCCAGCGACUCAUGUCCUCCGCCUCCCUCCCCCCCACACCUCUAAGCAGCGUAUUCCGCAAAUCCCACUCAGGGGUACAUAACCGGUUUCCUGAGAGCGCGGUCCUGGAGGAGAGCGAGAGCAGUGAGAGCAGCGAUGAGGAGGAGAUGGAGAUGGCCAAAGCGGCGGUGGUGGAUGAGCUUGGACUUGGGCUUGGGCUGGGGUUGGGGGUGGGCGCGAACGCUACUGGCGGGAGCGGGACGAGUGCGAGCGCUACCAGCUCAACGUCUCUCCCUCUUCCUGCUAUUUCCACCGGCACCGGCACAGGGGCAAUCCCCAUCCCUUCAGCAGAAGAAGACUUCCCAGACGACAUAAGCAUGAGCGAAGGCAGUAUCUGGGGGAUGCGCGCCAGUCCCAUCCUAGAACGGGCGAUGUGGGCCCGCUCGGGGGGGAUGGACCUUGAUGUUCCGCUUCAAAAUUUACCGUCGCCAUACCGGUUGACUCCGCCGCCGUACACGAGGAAAAGGAAACGUUCGCCAUCCCCUUCCCUCUCCACCCAAUCCCAGCCUCCGACCCAAAACCAAACCCAAAAUCAACAGCAAAAAGAAACCCAAACACAGCCAAUACCUAUCAAACGCCCGCGCCUCUCCCACCUCUCGACCCCAACCAACACACCCCUAACACCACAUUCCCUCCUCCCGCCUUUCCUCCCUUCCUCACCCACCACAACCACGACCACAACCGCCGCCGCCGCCGCCGCCAACAACAACAGCAACAGCGCCACCAACAGCACCACUGGUAGCACGACCUCCACCCCCGGCCCCCUCCGCCCUCUAGCGCUAAACGGAGUAGGAGCAGUAGCCAACUCCUCCCCCCGCUGGGCCCGAGCAGGGCUAGGCGGCGGCCUAGGGCUAGGGCUGGGGUUGGGCUUGGGAGGGAGGGGGAAGGAGCUGGGAGAGAAGGACAGGGAGAGGGAGAGGGAGCUGGAGGCUGGAGAGGGGGUUAGGAGGUUGAGUUUGCAUGAGUAG